UCCCGGAGUGUUUGAGAAAGAAUAUGAAAUAUACCGGGAUUACAAUGCAGAAGGUCAACUUCUCCACUACAGUCGGAGGAUCUUGGUGCCUGUGCCCAGUUUGAGAGCAGCAGACAGAACAGAAAUAUGAUGCCUAGUGCCAGCUGUGUCUUCCCUACCUUCACCCUACGAAAGCCCUCCUCGGAGACGGACAUUGAGAACUGGGCCUCCAAGCACUUCAACAAGCACACCCAAGGGCUCUUCCGGAGGAAGGUCUCCAUUGCCAACAUGCUGGCCUGGAGCAGCGAGUCCAUCAAGAAGCCCAUGAUCAUGACCACCGACCGCAACGUCAAGAAGGAAGCCUGUGAGAUAUUUAAACUGAUUCAGAUGUACAUGGGGGACCGGCGGGCCAAGGCGGAUCAACUCAACGUGGCUUUGGAGAUCGCCACCAAGGGCUGGAGCAUGCAGGGUCUGAGGGACGAGCUGUACAUCCAGCUUUGCCGGCAGACCACUGAGAACUUCCGUUAUGAGAGUCUGGCACGGGGCUGGGAGCUAAUGGCUAUUUGCCUGGCCUUCUUCCCACCCACUCCCAAAUUCCAUUCCUACCUAGAAGGAUAUAUUUACCGGCACAUGGAUCCGGUGAAUGACACCAAAGUGACUCAGCACAUUAAAGAGCUCCUGGAAAGGAACAGUAAGAAGAAAUCCAAAUUGAGAAAGAAACCCAAGCCCUAUAUCGAAGAGCAUGAUGGGGUGGCAAUAAGCACUUACGCCAAGUACUGUUACAACAAGCUCCAGAAAGCAGCCUUGACAGGAGCAAAGAAGGGCCUGAAGAAGCCGAAUAUUGAGGAGAUCCGGCAUGCAAAGAACGCAGUGUUCAGCCCCUCCAUGUUCGGGAGCUCCCUGCAGGAGAUCAUGAACAUGCAGAAGGAGAGGUACCCGGAUCGGCAGCUCCCCUGGGUGCAAACCAGACUGUCUGAGGAAGUGCUGGCGCUGAAUGGAGACCAGACCGAGGGCAUCUUCAGAGUGCCUGGAGAUAUCGAUGAGGUCAACGCCCUCAAGCUGCAGGUCGAUCAGUGGAAAAUCCCCACCGGCUUGGAAGACCCUCAUGUUCCUGCGUCGUUGCUGAAGCUCUGGUACCGGGAGCUGGAGGAGCCGCUGAUUCCCCACGAGUUCUACGAACAGUGCAUCACCCACUACGAGAACCCAGAGGCAGCCAUCGCAGUCAUCCACUCCUUGCCCAGGAUCAACAAAAUGGUGCUCUGCUACCUCAUCCGCUUCCUACAGGUGUUCGUGCAGCCGGCUAACGUGGCGGUCACCAAGAUGGACGUCAAUAACCUGGCCAUGGUGAUGGCCCCCAACUGCCUGCGCUGCCAAUCCGACGACCCGCGCAUCAUCUUCGAGAACACCAGGAAGGAAAUGUCCUUCAUCCGGGUGCUGAUCCAGCACCUGGACACCGGCUUCAUGGAGGGGGUCCUAUAGCGGCGAGCAGGGGGAGGCGCCCAAACCAAAUCUGACGACGACCACGACCCACCCAACCCCCAGGUCAAUCAGCCGACGAGUGCGAGCCGGACACCGCCAAGGGAAGGACUGGGCAGCCCUGGGCAGGGCCUCUCGUCCCCGUCACACCAUGUCCCCAGCGCCAUGUCGACCUGGCCUAGUCCCGCCUCUCUCGCCCCAGCAUCUCUCGUCAUCCUUUGCCCUCUGGUGUCAUACAGGAAGUGGUGGCGGGAUCCCGCCAGUGCUCCUGGCCAAACAACAGCCGCCCUCCCCUGAACCAGACCUCUGGAGAUGUCGCUGCCCAUUCCCCCAGCCAACCCGCCGUGGGGCAGCCUGCAGGGUUAGCCUGGCAUGGCGGCCCCCUGCAGGUGAGGCUCGGGAGUCCUGCCCGGCGUCCUGGGCCUGCAGCCACUGUGGGGGUGUGGGAUGCCGGGCCUUGCCCCCGCGCUCUCGCAGACAGGCGUCCAGGAGAGCCACUCCCAGCACGGGCUGCAGCUGCCACGUGCUUCCUAGGGGAGGGGGGCGUUUAAGAUGGCAGCGUGGAUGGAGGGGGAGAUCAGAAUAAGCCAGCGAGCAUCACCAAUGCUCCUGUCCUGGGGCAGCGCUGGCUGGGAGGGUGGGUAGGACAGUCUCCAGGCAGGGACCGCAGAGUGGGUAUUUGCAGCAGUCCCACCCAGCCUGGGAGCUAGGGGAUAUCUGGCGGGAACAUUCAUGUGGAAUAGGGUAUGGAUCUGUCUGGUAGGAUAAAACCCCUUGGUAGGAAGGGGUCUAAGCCCCAUGCCGGUCCCAUCAGCCCAGCCCCCCAGUGAGAAGAGGGACCCCUUUAUGGCAGGAGGAGGGGGCCAAAACCAACUCCAAGUUCUCAGGGCAAAGCUUGUGGUCAGGCGUCUCCGUGACCCAGAGCCAUUUGCAGCCGGUGAUGUCACUUCCCCUUCCUUUCCUCCUCUUCAUCAGCUGCUUGUAAGCCCAGAGCUGAUGGCAGCGUCUGUUGAGAGGGGCUGGGAGGGCGGGUUGUCGACUGAGCAGUGAUUGAUUCUCAAACCCUGAGACCUACCAGCCCUUUCUAGACAGGAUCUCUACGCCUUGAACGUAACCCCGCGCGGGGAGGCUCAGGGCAGGGCAGAAAGCUAUGACUGCAGCUGUUUUGUCCUGGUGUUCGAUUCACGCUCUCGGGUGCUACCUGGGCUCCCGUUCCAGAGCAGGACAGCCAGGAGGGGCCGGACUUCAUUUGCCAUUUGGGCUGCGGCUGGCGCAGGGUUCGGCUACGUCUCAGCAAACCCACAACCCGAGCUAGAAGGGGAUUGUCCCCGGCUUUUCCUGACUCCCCUCAGCAGUGAGCUGCUCCUAGAGCGGGCGACAGUGCUUAGCCCGAGCCGGCAGAGGGUGCCUGUCCCAUCGGCUCCACCUGCAGACGAUGGAUUUAACCAUCAGCCGGGGAUAGAAGAAUGACCAUCCUGUGUAUGGGUAGGGCGAGUUCACUUCCUGGGUAUUUUGCCCAUGUGGCCCAUGCAUCAGCAAUAACUCCAUCGCUGAUUUCCAAGACAGCAUCUGCUCGGUUUCUCAACCCAGACAAGGCUGGCGCUGGCCGGCGCUGCGUGCGGCAGGUCAGGCCCCGGCUCGCUGGGCCCCAGCUACGUCAGCUCAGCCCCGCGGAGGAGAGUUGUUUUGAGCAGGGCGCCACUGGAAGAGACGUGCUGUCGGGAGUGGGUGUGGAGAGUGCCAAGGAGCUGGUGUCACAGCAGCACCUGGCGUGCCAAACCCUUCCACUGUAGCAC